CAGUGACCAAUGACUGCUGUGGCGAUGACCGGCGCGCAUGGCUAGCAUAAGGUGGGCGAGCCCGAGCCGCGUUCGAAACGCGCGCCGCAGCAACAGGUUGUCCCCGGCACCGCAGCGCCGCCUGGCAAGUGGUCGACAGCAGGGACGAGUCCGCGCAAGGAGCCGGCGGUGGUCGUCACGUGCAUCUUCCGGCGGCGGGCCGGAGACCUCCUCUCUCGCGGUGGCGAGCGCGGAGCUCGCGGCCGGCGGACGCGUGGUCGCCGCCGUCAGUGUCCCCGUUGGCUCGGGUUGGGCUGCGCAUGGCGCAGCGGAGGCGGCGCAGAGUCCCAGCGUCAGAGCGAGCAGUCCGGGCCCAGCUAUCAGCGGAGGCGGCCCGAGUUCCUUGAACCCUGCCCGCUCAAGGUUGGCGGGGCCGAGCCGCGAGCUGGCGGCUGUCGAAGGCAUGGCGGGACUCACGUGGAGCGACCAGGAGACGUAUGAGCUGAUCCGCAUCUGGGCUGCGGAUCGAGACCUGCUCGAUGGGACGUCCCGAAACAACAAGGUGUACGAGAGCAUGGCCGCGCAGAUGCGUAGCCUGGGCUACCUGCGCACCGCGCUCCAGGUCAAGGAGAAGAUGAAGCGACUUCGCAAGGAGUACAAGUACGGCAAGCGCAGCAAGAAGAUCGCCACCUACCACGACGCGCUGGCCACCGUGUUGGCGCAGGGCUCCAAGGGCGGCUCGCUCUUCAUCAAGAGCGAGGUGGACGAAAGCAUGGGUUCUGAAGAAUUCGCCGGCACGGACUCCGAGACAAACUACAUGGAGGACGGACCGGGCUGCUCGGCGCCACCGGCUGAGGGCAACGGCAACGACGAGCGGGCCCAGGGGUUCUUCCGUGCCGGAGGCGGUGGCAGCGGCGGUAGCACGGGCGGCGGCGGGGCCCAGGGCCUCGACUACAGUCGCUCGCCCAGCUCGCCGCCCGUCGAGUGCGCCACCGCUCUGCGGUUCCCUGCCGACAAUUUCCCCACCAUCACGACGACGACCGCCGAGCCCGGGGACGGGGCGCGGUUCCCGGCCGCCGGCGCGGGUGGCCCGCGGGCGGCGCUCAAGCGCAAGCUGCCCGACGCGCCCUCGCCGCCCACAUUGGCAGCCUCGACGCUGACUGACCUCAUCACGCGCGGCAUCGACAAGUUCGUCGAGUUGGAGCACAAGCGUAUGCGGCUCGAGCUGGACCUGCUCGAGCGGCUGCGUCACGAGGAGCUCGAACGGCUCGAGCGCAUGCGCCGCGAGGAGAUGGACCACGAGCUGCGUCUCAUGAGCGUGCUCGCGUCGCUCUUCAACAACAACAACUCCACGUCCAGCGUAAACCUCAACAGCAGCAGCAGCGAGCCACCGGCGGGCUCGUGACGCGGGCUGUACUCUUGACUCUCCGCACAACAUUCCAUCCGCUCUUUUGUGAUGCCCGUAAAGACUGUGGGCGCCUUUGUUUUCUUCUUCGUCUUUUUUUUUUUAAACUUCGCCCGUGCAUCCUGCGAGGGCUCUGCACGCUGCACAAUAAUACGAGAUCGUUGCGUUGCGGCGGCCUCGUAUGUCGGGCGCCGCGUUUUUCAGGGCCCUUUAAGCAGCAGAGAUUGUGUCUACCAUUUCCACGGUUCAUGCUAAGCCAAAGGGGCCAGCGCACACGGACAGACACCGUGUUGAUACAAACGGAAGACAUGGACAUUGCAGGUUCCCUUCCCGUGUCUUCCUGUUUUACCUUGUGUUUGUCACUCCUGAUGGGCUCCUUGUCAGUGAGGAGCUCAGCGGCCGUGCAAAGAAUGUCACUGCCGACCAAGGCACGAAGGACUCCUGUCGAAGAGCAACGAGGUUUUAUCUAUAGCUUACUUGAAAUUCUCUGAAGCAGACAUGGUCACUUACGUUCUGCUAAAGGAGCGAAGUCAUUUCUCGCCUCCUUUGCGUUUCGCACCGGCUGCUGAACUCAUCUGCCACGUCAAAAAGUGUAGUGUCUGCUUUACCACAAGUCAUGGAUGUCACAUAGUGUGUAAAGUGCUUUCUCACUGUAACGUUAUUCUAAACUAAUUUCUCGCCGCGACGUCGCGCUUUCUAUAUGUCGGCAUAAAAUGAAGAAGAGGCAUUCCGUCCAUUUCUCUACUCCAUUAGAGUGUGUGUUUAUCUGUGUUAUAAAGACAUAUUUUGCAAGCUA